UUGAGUUUGUACUUCUUCAGCUGAACAUGAAAGUCUGGAAAUUCUGUCUCUUCUUCAUCUUUUUACUUCUAAGCUCAACACUUGGGGAGGACACAGUGGCAGAAGACAUUGAUGUCUACCAGCUGGAGCGUUUAGUGGAGUUGCUGACGUCUAAGGAGUGUGAGGACCUUCUGCUUGCCCUCUCUCACCCAGAUGAGAACAUCUUCCAGCAUCUCGAGCGCCUCUCACCAGAGAAAAAUCAGCUAGAUCUGAAGCCUCGAGUCAAGAGAGACGCCUCCUCUGCUGAGGUAGAUAGCGAGGCUCAGUGCCGGACGGCGCUGACAGACUGGCUGCUGAGGAACGGCGAGCAGACCUACUACGACAGGCUUUCACGCGCCUUGCAGCACAUCGGCAGAACAGACAUCGCCAUUGAAGUGGGGAAGAACAUCAACCAGGACAAAGCCUUGAGCCUGAAACGCUACGUUGACGAUUAUCACAAAUUCGUGAGCUCUUUAAACGUCCCAUCAGAUGCAAAACCCCCCCAGCAUGCAGGCCAGAGGGUCAGAAAAAGAAAAGUGAGGGAUCUCACAUGGCGUGACCUGGAUCUGAUUGUAGAGCGGGCUCCUGUCCCUCUGUACCAGAAAGGGCCUUUGGACGUGGCUCUGCCUCUCUUGUAUGGCAUCCUGCUGGGCUUCGGAGGCACCUUGCUUGCGGGCAUCUUCAUCCUCCUCGUCAUCAUCCGCAUCUCCCGCAGACAACAGCAGAGCCAACGCGCCGGGGUCACUAAAAGUUCCAGCUGUAAGCUCAUGGUUGGAGAUGCGAUGUUGGAAGUUGCAGCUUCUGGGAGGUCAAAUCAGCAGUUUAGAAAAGUAGUCUAGAAAGCAAAAAAGGAGAAAAUAAAGUUGGCAUCAUCCCCAACACUUCA